GGCAUGUCUGUCCCGCAGCGCCAUCAGUUCCUCCUGGAGGUGGGCGACGGGUCGCUGGAGGCCGUAGCUCAAAUCCACCAGCGUCUCCAGAAGACCCCCGAGGUAGUCGUUCAUUUUCCAGCGUCUGACGACAGGAAGCGCUCGGUGGGCGGCGGCCACGGCCUCCAGGGGCUCCCCCAGGUCGCGGUGACAAACCGCAAUGGCGGCGAGGACCGGGACGAGCUGGGUGGGUCUCUGCCACGGCGCCAGCUUCUCUUGGAUCUGCAAAACCGUGUGCAGCUGCUCAAGCGCCGCUCGGAACUGCCCGCCUCGCAGCGAGGCCCGGGCCCGACUCAGCUCCUUGCCGUUCCAAACAGACGAGCGCACACAGUGGACACAUUGACAUGGUAUCCAAGGCCCGGGUGGGAGAAACUGUCACAGCGAUGACACCACAUAUCCAGCUGGAAGAAGUCGACGACAUGGCACGUCGGAGCCAACUUGUCCUGCUGAUGUUCGCGGCCGCUGCUGUGAUGAUACGUGAAGGGGACGCACUUCGCUGUUACAAGUGCGCCGACUACACGGGCCACUGUCAGAAUGUGCAAGAGUGCACGUACGAGGACGCCUGCUUGUCUUUGAGUGAGAGAGGCGGGAAGACCAUCCGUCAGUGCAUCAGGUACACCGACUGUGACAAUUCCCGCCUUGGCCAGAUGUUCCCCGCCAUGUCGGCCUUCACGUACCGCUGCUGCAGCAGCAACCUGUGCAACUCCAGCAAGGCCGUCACCAUGGCGACGCCCGUCACGCUCAUUAUCGGCUCGCUGCUCUGCAUCCUUGGGUGCUGGCUGUGAAGAUGCCACGUAACCCUGAAUAAACAAAAUAAAGCCAU